AAGAUGGCGGUGUGCGUAGCGGUGAUCGCCAAGGAGGCCAGCGCACAUGGGGUGGAUCCUUGUCACUUCAGCCGCCGUCAUCCUUUUCUUGCAGAAUUACCCUCUUUACAUCCGCAGUGUCCCCACGGAGAAUGAGCUCAAGUUUCACUACAUGGUGCACACGUCCCUGGACGUGGUGGACGAGAAGAUCUCAGCAAUGGGGAAGGCCCUGGUGGAUCAGAGGGAGCUCUACCUGGGCCUGCUGUACCCCACAGAGGACUACAAGGUGUAUCCUCGCGCCUGGCAGCGGCUUCGAGUCUGGGGAUUGCCUGCAGUCGCAGGGCGCACUUUAACCCUUCCCAGCUGGGAACUGAUGCAGAGAGAAGGCGAGGUGGCCCAGGGUUUGGGCAGGUUGCCCCGGGGCUUGAAUCAUGCUGUGCAGAUACGGCUACGUGACCAACUCCAAGGUGAAGUUUGUCAUGGUGGUGGAUUCCUCCAACACGGCGCUCAGAGACAACGAGAUUCGCAGCAUGUUCCGGAAGCUGCACAACUCCUACACAGACGUGAUGUGCAACCCCUUCUAUAACCCGGGGGACCGCAUUCAGUCCAGGGCCUUCGAUGGCAUGGUGACGUCCAUGAUGAUACAGGUCUGUUGAGGAGAGCUCUGCAGCCCGUGGCUGGAAGGAAUCGUUCUGUGCAUAACCGUGUUGUUCAGAUGUAUCUUUAUUUCCACUUGUCUCCUCUUGGGUGUCAUGGACGUGCCGCUGGGGGCAGGGCCUCAUGCACAGUGCCUGUUGACUAAAGGUCUUGUGAGAUCAGG